AUGGACCUCGAUAAUAGCGACUCCCCGUGGGGCGACGAGCCUUCGUCGUUCGCGGCUAGCCAUGCCACCUCGAAGUCGGAUACCAAAGAAGAUACUCCAGCUCCCGCUCCCGUUGCCGCUCAUCCCGCACUCUCCGAAAGCAGGGCCGAGGUUCGUACACCUGGAAGACGAGGCCCACGGGGCACUCGCAAAAUAAGCGCACAAGCGACACGAUUGGAGGCUGUUGAUGAUACCGUCGACCCGCUUGGUCCUCUGGCCGAAGCACCACUUGAGACCAGUGCGACACCUACCGAUGAAGCUCCGGCGCCGCCCCAGAAAGAAUCACUUGCGCGCAGCCCUCAGCCGCCUUCAACAUUUUCGCAAAUCUCAGGUGCUGGCAAUUUGGCCGAUCCAAUUAGCUUAGAGGAGGAUGGUAGCGGAUUCCGAGGACCUCCGCCUGUGCAACCUGCGGCCGAUGCACCGGGACCAAAGAGACAGACACAGCCUAGCAUGAGCGUGGAACAGGCCGCGAAGCCGACAUUUGAGAUUUCUGUCGGUGACCCACACAAAGUGGGCGACCUGACUAGCAGUCACAUUGUUUACCAGAUUCGGACAAAGACAACAUCUAAAGCAUACCGCCAACCUGAGUUUGCUGUCAGCCGCCGAUACCGCGAUUUUCUUUGGCUCUAUAACUCCAUGCACAACAACAACCCCGGAGUGGUUGUUGCUCCUCCGCCAGAGAAGCAGGCUGUUGGUCGGUUUGAUACCAACUUUGUCGAGUCCCGAAGGGCUGCUUUGGAGCGCAUGUUGAAUAAAAUUGCUAGCCAUCCGACUCUCCAGCAAGAUGGUGAUUUGAAGAUCUUCCUUGAAAGUGAGGCUUUCAAUGUCGAUGUCAAGAAUAAAGAGAACCGAGAACCCGACCUGGGCCAAAACAAGGGCAUGUUCGGCUCCUUUGGCCUCUCUGUAGGUGGAGGGAGCAAGUUUGUGGAACAUGACGACUGGUUCCACGACCGAAAGGUCUACUUGGACGCAUUAGAGAAUCAACUGAAGGCGCUCCUGAAAUCCAUGGAUACUGUUGUUGCGCAACGAAAGGGCCUUGCCGAAGCCGCAGGCGACUUUUCGGCCUCACUCCAUGCACUCUCCGCGGUCGAGCUCUCACCCGCGUUGUCCUCGCCUUUGGAUGGCCUGUCAGAGCUUCAGUAUCGAAUUCGCGAGCUUUACGAACGCCAAGCCCAACAGGAUGUUUUAACACUGGGAAUCACUAUUGAUGAGUACAUCCGCCUGAUCGGCAGUGUUAAGACAGCCUUUGGACAACGACAAAAAGCCUUCCACAGCUGGCAUUCCGCCGAGUCUGACCUUCAAAAACGCAAGAACACCCAGGAAAAGAUCCUUCGCCAAGGCAAAACCCAGCAAGAUCGGUUGAACCAAGUCAACGCCGACGUUGCCGAUGCUGAGCGCAAGGUACACCAGACGCGAUUGCUAUUCGAUGAUAUGGGUCGCCUGAUGCGGAGUGAGUUGCAACGGUUUGAGAAAGAGAAGGUAGAGGAUUUCAAGUCUGGUGUCGAGACAUUCUUGGAAAGCGCCGUAGAAGCUCAGAAGGAGUUGAUCGAGUUGUGGGAAACAUUCCUCUUACGUCUUGACGCUGGAGAAGAUGGUCUGCCUUACUACGUACCACCUUCGUCUGGCGACGCCGGCGAGGAAGUCCCGGAUUCUUCAUCAAACGUUGCAAACUCCACAGCGGCCGAUGAUGAAGAGUAA